AUGUCUUCGGGUAGCACCACCGAGAUCGAGUCGGCAAUCUUCUUAGGGGGUGAGGAAGCUGUUGAGGAAGCUGUUGAGAGUCCCAUUGAGGCGAAGGCCCAUUCGCAUGAAUUUGCAGAAGGAGGCCUACGGGCAUGGUUGGUUGUUUUGGGAUGUUGGUGCAUAUUGUUUGUAUCCUUUGGCUAUGUUAAUUCCUUUGGAGUCUACGAAACAUACUAUCUCAAGACAUUCUUAUCCGGCAAUUCUCCAUCUGAUGUAGCAUGGAUCGGUGCUAUUCAGUCCUUUGCCCAGUUCUCGGCAGCUUUGGUCGCUGGUCCGCUCGCAGACCGCUAUGGAGCAAUGGUUAUUAUUUGGCCAUUCUCUCUUCUACUCGUCGUCGCCAUGAUGCUCACGAGCCUUUGUACCGAGCUCUACCAAUUCAUUCUUUGUCAGGGAGUCUUCAUUGGCAUCUCGUCUGGCCUGAUAUUCACUCCGGCUAUUUCAAUUGUUGGGCAUUAUUUCUUCAAGAGACGACCGAUAGCUAUGGCAUUUGCCACCACUGGUUCUCCCCUUGGGGGAAUCAUCUAUCCAGUAAUCAUGACAAACCUCCUCCAAGACAAUAGCGUCGGGUUUGCCUGGGGUCAGCGUAUCUGUGGCUUCCUGACUCUAUUCUUGCUAGCAAUUGCGGCCGUUACUAUUCGACCAACAUCGCUAAAAAGAAAGGGCGCAUUCAUUUUGCUAGAGGCGUUCAAGAUCCCCGCAUUCUCUCUCCAAGUGGCAGCCUUGUUCAUGGCCAUUUUGGGACUUUGGACGCCGUACUUCUACCUAGCUGACUACGGUUCAGUACAUGGAAUGGCUCCAGGCCUUGCAUCCUAUCUAUUUGCCUUGAUCAAUGCAGGAUCAUUUUUGGGCCGAGUGUUUGCCGGUGCCGUUGCUAAGCAUCUCGGUCAAUUUAAUGUCAUCACUGUAGCCUGUUACGCCUCUGGAAUACUCAUGUUUUGCUGGUUGAAGAUCACCUCGUCAGCAGGACUUAUUGUUCUAUCUAUUUUAUUCGGCGCGACAAGUGGCAUCAUUAUCGCUCUCAUGUUUACCACCAUUGCGCACACAGCAGAUCACCCUAGCAAAAUUGGAACCUAUCUAGGAAUGUCUACAUUUCUCAUUGGAUUUGGAGCCUUGGGUGGAACUCCAAUCACCGGAGCCCUGAUCGACACAUAUGGCGGCUACUCUCAAGGCAUCAUCUUUAGUGGCGCUGUCCUUAUGGCGGGAGCGGUGCUCUUUACUGGCGCCCGCUUUGCUUAUUCAAAAGACAAGCUUGUUGUAUGA